CGUGGGGUGUCAGCGGCCCCGGCGCACCGAGGGGGCUUCCCCCCAUCCUCGCCCGCCGGCCCCGCUGCGCAGACAGCCGAAGCGGCUGUAAACCGGCUUAUGCUCAAGGCGAUUUUCUCGUAAUCGGUCGGGCUUCCCGGGGCGGGGCGGGUUGGGUUGCGUCGGGUCGGGGGACCGGGGAGCCCCCGUGGCGGCGGCGAGGAGGGCUCGGGCCGCGCACCGGAGGACGCGGUGACGAUGUGAGCGGCGCGGCAGCUGCGGGCCGGCUCCCCCGGGAGCGGGGCUGAGCCCGGGGGCCGUGGGAGGGAGAAGAGCCGGGCGGGGAGGGAGGGAGGGAGGGAGGGAGCGAGGAAGGAGGGGGCCUGGACGGGGCCGGGGGAGAAAAAGGGAGGAGCGGGGAGGGGGGAGGAGAGCGGCGCUGGGGACGCGCUGCCGGACCGAGGAGCGGCAGCGGCAGGAGGGAAGCGCAGCCCCGCGUAACCUGCGCUGCUGCCAGCCGGCGCUCUCCGCGCGGAGGUCGGGGACCUGCUGCGGGGGGAUGGAGCAGCAUGGGUACCCUUCCUAUAGCGCCCGCAGCCCCGCCUGGGAGGAACUGGAGUCCGGGAAGAUGGCCGGGGCCGAAUCAGGGAUGAGCGGUGCCGGGAUCCCGCAGCAGCCCCAGCCUCAGGCCCCGGCGGCGGCGGGGCCCGCGGACGAGUCGUCGGACAGCGAAGGGGAGCACGAGGGCCCCCAGAAACUCAUCCGGAAAGUGUCCACCUCGGGCCAGAUCCGCAGCAAGACAAGUAUAAAAGAAGGAUUACUACUGAAGCAAACCAGUUCUUUUCAGAGGUGGAAAAAGCGUUACUUCAAACUUCGAGGGCGUACCCUUUACUAUGCUAAGGAUUCAAAGUCUCUAAUAUUUGAUGAAGUUGACCUGUCAGAUGCCAGCGUAGCUGAAUCAAGCACAAAAAAUGUCAACAACAGCUUCACGAUAAUCACUCCAUUUAGGAGGCUUAUAUUGUGUGCUGAGAACAGAAAAGAAAUGGAGGACUGGAUAAGCUCUCUGAAGUCCGUUCAGUCCAGGGAACACUAUGAGACCGCACAGUUUAAUGUGGAACAUUUCUCAGGGAUGCAUAACUGGUACGCCUGCUCCCAUGCCCGACCUACCUUCUGUAACGUGUGUAGAGAGAGCCUCUCUGGAGUCACUUCUCAUGGCCUGUCUUGUGAAGUGUGUAAGUUUAAAGCACAUAAAAGAUGUGCUGUCCGAGCAACGAAUAACUGCAAAUGGACUACAUUAGCCUCAAUUGGAAAAGAUAUCAUUGAAGAUGAAGAUGGUAUAGCUAUGCCUCACCAGUGGUUAGAGGGUAAUCUGCCCGUCAGUGCCAAAUGCGCAGUUUGCGACAAGACUUGUGGCAGUGUUUUACGCCUGCAAGAUUGGAAGUGCCUUUGGUGUAAAGCUAUGGUUCACACUGCAUGUAAAGAUCUAUAUCCUCGUAAAUGUCCACUUGGUCAAUGUAAGGUAUCGAUCAUACCACCAACAGCGCUAAACAGUAUAGACUCUGAUGGUUUCUGGAAAGCCACAUGCCCGCCAUCCUGUGCCAGUCCUCUUUUAGUUUUUGUUAACUCAAAGAGUGGAGACAAUCAGGGAGUAAAGUUUCUUCGGCGAUUCAAACAGUCGUUAAAUCCAGCUCAGGUGUUCGAUUUAAUGAAUGGAGGACCUCACUUAGGUUUGCGGUUAUUUCAGAAGUUUGACAACUUCAGGAUUCUUGUGUGUGGUGGCGACGGAAGCGUGGGUUGGGUCUUGUCAGAGAUUGAUAAACUCAGCUUGCACAAACAGUGUCAGUUAGGAGUGCUACCCCUUGGUACUGGAAAUGACCUUGCUCGUGUCCUUGGCUGGGGAGGAUCCUGUGAUGAUGAUACACAACUUCCUCAGAUUUUGGAAAAACUAGAACGAGCCAGCACAAAAAUGUUAGACAGGUGGAGUAUAAUGUCAUAUGAACUGAAAUUACCAGCAAAGCCUUCUAUACUUCCAGUGACUGCAGAAGAGUCAGAGGAGUGCCAGAUAUCAGCUUAUGAGGACUCAGUUGCUGCUCAUCUUGCAAAAAUUCUCAAUUCUGAUCAGGACUCCGUUGUUAUAUCAUCUGCCAAAAUAUUAUGUGAAACUGUAAAGGACUUUGUUGCCAAAAUAGGGAAGACUUAUGAAAAACCAGUGGAAAAUGCAGAGGAAGCUGAUGCCAUGGCCAUUAAAUGCUCGGAGUUAAAUGAGAAGCUAGACCUGUUGCUCCAGGCUCUUCAUACAGAAGCCCAGGCUGCUCCCCUUCUCCCAGGCAUCACUCCCCCCAUUGUGGAAGAAGAAGCAGAGGAAUUUUCAAGUGAAGAAUCCUUGUCUGAAAGUAAAGAGCAAUUAGCAGAGUGUGUCUCAAAGUCUUCCACUCAGAAACUCUUCAAACCAAGGGAACAGUUAAUGCUCCGGGCAAACAGCUUGAAGAAGGCUGUGAGGCAGAUCAUUGAACAAGCAGAAAAAGUUGUGGAUGAGCAGAAUGCUCAUAGUGAAGAACAAGUGAACCAGUCACUGGUAGAAUAUAGCAAAGAAUUGGAUGAAUCCAAAGAAGAGGAAAAGGAGGAAGAUACAAAGGAACUUGAGUCCCUAUCAGUUAAAACUGCACCAAGGUCUCCAGAUCGACGUACAAGCCGAGGUAUCCAUUCUCAGACAGGCUCUUUCUCUGCUCCAGCUUUGGCUGCAAGCAAGGAAAAUCUCCCAGUGCUUAACACUAGGAUUAUCUGCCCAGGUUUGCGGGCUGGUCUGGCUGCUUCUAUUGCAGGAAGUUCAAUUAUUAGUAAAAUGUUGCUAGCAAACAUCGAUCCAUUUGGUGCUACGCCGUUCAUUGACCCAGAUCCAGAUUCCCUGGAGGGAUAUUCAGAAAAAUGUGUCAUGAACAACUACUUUGGAAUUGGGUUAGAUGCAAAAAUUUCGCUAGAGUUUAAUAACAAGCGAGAGGAGCACCCUGAAAAGUGCAGAAGUAGGACAAAAAACAUGAUGUGGUAUGGAGUUCUUGGCACAAAAGAGCUGCUGCAGAGAACUUACAAGAACUUAGAACAGAAAGUUCAACUUGAGUGUGAUGGACAGUACAUCCCCCUUCCCAGUCUGCAGGGCAUAGCUGUGCUAAACAUUCCCAGCUAUGCUGGUGGGACUAAUUUCUGGGGUGGAACCAAAGAAGAUGAUAUAUUUGGGGCUCCAUCGUUCGAUGACAAGAUCUUGGAAGUUGUUGCAGUGUUUGGCAGCAUGCAGAUGGCAGUUUCAAGAGUCAUCAAACUGCAGCACCACAGAAUAGCUCAGUGUCGGUCAGUAAAGAUCACCAUACUUGGUGAUGAAGGGGUUCCAGUGCAAGUUGAUGGAGAGGCAUGGAUCCAGCCCCCAGGAGUUAUUAAGAUCAUACAUAAGAACAGAGCUCAGAUGCUAACACGAGACAGAGCCUUUGAAAACACCCUGAAGUCUUGGGAAGAUAAACAGAAGUAUGAUUCCUGUAAACCCGUCAUUCGAUCUCCCUUGUACCCUCAGCAGGCUGUUGAGUUGGCUACAGAAGAAGAAGUUACACACAUCCAGCUGUGCUCACAAGCUGCAGAAGAACUGAUUACAAGGAUCUGUGAAGCGGCAAAAAUACAUGGCCUCUUGGAGCAGGAGCUUGCUCAUGCUGUUAAUGCAUGUUCACAUGCAUUAAAUAAAGCCAACCCAAGGUUUCCUGAGAGCCUUACCAGAAACACUGCCAUGGAGAUAGCUGUCAAUGUGAAGGCUCUACAUAAUGAAACUGAGUCUCUGCUAGUAGGAAGAGUUCCUUUGCAGUUAGAAGCUCCCCAUGAAGAACUCUUAUCUGAUGCUUUGCACAGUGUGGAAAUAGAGUUGAGAAAACUUGCUGAGAUUCCUUGGCUUUAUUAUGUUUUCCAACCAAAUGAUGAUGAGGAUCCCCCUCUGGAUUAUGCUAAAAGAAACAACAGAAGUACAGUGUUUCGCAUAGUGCCUAAGUUUAAAAAAGAAAAAAUUCAGAAGCAUAAGACCAGCCCUCAGCCUGUUCAAAAAUGGGGCACAGAUGAAGUUGCUGCUUGGCUGGAUCUGCUCAGUUUGGGAGAGUACAAAGAAAUCUUCAUCAGCCAUGACAUCCGAGGCUCUGAGCUUUUACACCUGGAAAGGCGAGAUCUUAAGGACCUGGGGAUAACGAAAGUGGGUCAUAUGAAGCGAAUUCUCCAGGGAAUUAAGGAGCUCGGCAAGAACACCCCUUUGUCUGAAGUGUAAUUAUGCUGGUGCUCUCCCUAGAGAGAGAAGGGAAAGUUGCUGGAGAAGCAAAGCUGUUGCAGGCACUUAGCUGUCUUUGUAGUUUACUCUAUGGAAGAAUAAGCACCGGUGUUUGUACAAGCUAGUAUCUCGGAAUUCUCAUAUGGUGAAGAGCUUGCUGCAAGAGUACAAAAGGAUUUGUGCCAAAAAAAAAAAAAAAAGGGAAAAGGUGAUAUGUUCUGCAAAGACGUUUUCUUGGUGUGCAAACUUGGCCAGUUUGGAAAAGCACAUUUUGGUAAAUUGAUAGGUUUAUGGUGAACCGCACUGACUGGAAAAUAUAAUCAAGAAAUGAUUGCUUUGCUUACAUGAAGCUCAGUACGCCUCUCUUUCUGCUGCAGCAAGAUACCACUGUACAGCAUGAGGUUGUCUGGUUAUCGUUCCAAGGCAUAGCUCGAUAAAACCUCCUGUGCAGGAGACCAAGAGGGUUUGGAGGUUCAACAUGUGAGCCUAGCAGUGCCGCAGGUACCCAGCACUCACUGGCCAUGCAGAAGGAAGGACAAGAUACCUUGCGAUACCAUGAAUGCUAACUAUAAUGCAUGGUGUGCCUGCCUGAAUUGUCCGUUGUUCUGUUGCAUGACACAUCUGAUACUUUAAACACUUGAACAACUUUUAUAUUGGUUUGAAUGAGAUUUAAUUUAUUACUACUUGAGUGUUUUGUUGGUUUCUCUUUUAGUUUCAGGCACUUUUCUGUUCUUCAGUGUUGUGUUAUGCCUAAAGCGUGUUCUACAGCAAAGGAUGUGUGGGUGUGGAGACUUAGCAUUUGUGCCAUAUUCAGCAAAUUAUAUGCAUUAUAUAUGAUUGAAACACUGUACAGUUAGAUUUUUAAAUAUACCAUGUACAGAAGGUGCAUCAGGUAACUAACUUAUGAGUAUUUUUGAAAGACCGGUACCUCACAAAAAUAUCAAUUGGCUUCCUGCAUGGAAAAUGAUAAAGAAUUUUCUCAUGGUGCGUUUUAAUGUAGUUAUUCAAUUACCUUAACCAUCUGUAGCACAUUUGAACUUCAAGGCACUAAUGGUUUUAUUUAUUCUAUUGUUCAAAAAGCAGGUUGAAAGAUUAAUAAAUUUUUUUUACAGGAAAAUUCAUUUUAUUUAUCCUACGUAAGAAGAGUUUUAAAAUGUAGCAGCUGAUUUGUUUUUUGUGGGGUAAGCUUUUACUCAUUACUAAUUAACUAGUACUUUAAAAACGUCUCUCUAUAUAUUUCUUUACAAAGGCAUCAAUUUAUUUCUCGUCAGCACUCCUACAUUGGUAGAUCAUAAAAAUUUAAAAACCAGGCUCUAAGGUUUUACACUAUGCAUGCAAAGAGGAAUCACAUGCAAUACAGUAAUCCAUGAGUGUAAACAGGCUAAAAAAUGAAAACCAUCUUUGUUUAGAAAUUGCAUUAGACCUGAGUUUAUAAGGUUAUUUACAGUUUACUUAAAAGAAACAUAGCUUCACAAUUGAAUUUCCUGGUUCAUUUUUCACAAAAAUGUUAAUCUACUAGAAAAAUCAUUUGCAUAUAUCUACAAAAAAAACACAACCCUACUUAAAUGUUUGAGCUAGGAUGAGAUGGCACCACCUGCCUGAAAACUUGAGCAGAAUUGGUGUCUCUGUAUGUUCUUAACGUCAUGCCAUUGAGGCACAAGGAACACUUGACUUUUACUUAAUUGAGUAGCUUUGACAUUUCUGGCAAGCUAAAGAGUAUCUUAAUAUCUACUGGUGUUUUCCACGUAGGCAGCAGAGUAAGGUUUCAUUUGUCUUUUCCAAAGCUUAUUUUUCCUGUUUAAAGGGGCUAACGUCAAGUACUAAAUCCUAGUUUUGCCCUCCUCUUCUUAUGAGUAUGAAGGGAGUCAUCCCUUGAAAUGUAAAACUUAUUCCCCUCAUUGUUUUACUGAAAAAAGAAAAAGAAAAAAAUAAAAAGGAGCAAAACAGGCUUCAUUUAUGUCAUUAUAGUACUUGGUAUUCUUGCUGCUGUAGGUUCAGCAGGCACCACUCUGGGAGUUCUGUGGACAUAAUUGAUUAUUCUGGUAAACAAAAGCAAAAGGCUAUGUUCCAUUAGGUUUUCCAUAAAAAAAAAAUCAACAAACAAAAUCCCUUUGCCAAGUGACAUGAUUUUCAUGCUGUUGUAUGAAAAGCAUAUGCAAACAAUGGAAAGAUUUGGGUUUUUUUUUAUGUACUUGACAUUCACCCCUUUAAUGAUGUUCAGAUGGUAUCUGUCAAGUAUUCUCAAAUUGUAUUUCCUUUUUUCUUUGUUUCUCCAUAAGCUACCCUAGAUUUUAAUGUGUGACAGCACUCUAAUACAAUGAUGUUACAGUAGACUGCACAGUUAAUCUUCCUGGUUGGAUCAAGGACAUGAUACACAGAAGAACUUUCUUUGCUUUCCUGAUUGUAGGAUACACUCUUCAACUUUCAGCCUUGCUAUAUGCAACGCGUUAAGACGGGCUAUGGAUCUCUUCAGGUCGCUGCAGAGGUCUGUGCUGAGUAUAUUAAAACAUGGAAGCUGCUUUUAGGCAGGGAAGAUGGGGAAAUGUUUGUAACGUGACUUUCUCAUGGCACUCCUCAGAUUACCUCAGUAUAGGACAACUGAUCAAUUGUCUAUGUAUAGUUCAUUGGGUUUUUUUUAAAUGACCACCAAAGAAUUUAACUUCGAUUGUCCUAAGUAGAAGGUUUUUUAAAAUGUGUAAGUAAGUAGAAAAAAAAAAAUUAAUGCAAGCAUCAUUUAUGCUGUAUUUAUUAGAUGCCCAGGAGAGCAAAUUUUAUGCAACUCUAUGCCUUAGACUAGUGUUGGCUAUGAAAUCAAAAUGCAUCUGACAAAGGGGCUCAAAAUAUUUUAUGGGGUUUCUUUGCUGAGGUCAUGAGUUGUAACUGUGUUUAGUUAUAUGACUUUUCUAAAGAAAGACUUGUGAAUGCAGUGUUACUAUCUCAUGAUUAUUGUGAUUUCCAAGUAUUGGGUUUUUCCUUACUGCUGUAAAAGUCUGAGCUCCCAGGACUAAGGACAUACAUAGCUAACUUUUUAAUGAACUGAAUUCUUUAUAAUUUAAUCCUGAUGUUUAAGUGCUCCAAAGCAUAUCCCAGUGUUACUAACAAAAAUACCCUGAAAUUAACUAGGUUAUUUUAGAAAACAAGUUAUCCCACUAGGUCUUGUGGAGCCAAAUUCAACAUGCUAGAUUAAUCAAGGCAAAAAAUGUACCGGAUUAAUUUUUUUCCCCUAGUCAAAUACACUUAAUUUCCGUGGUCACGCAGCAUACCUUAAAAUCUGAAAGGAAUACAGAGAAAUUGACUUUUUUUUUUUACGUAGCUGGGUUCAUAUAGCUGAAAUGCCCUACACCUCAGAAAGAGGACAAAGAGAAAUAAGUGUCUUAAAAUGGCAACAGAUUGCUAAGUGCAAGUUUCUGUCAUUUUCAAAUAGGAUUUUUCCUUUUCAUUGCAUUCAGUUUGUAGCAACUUCUGAUUUGGGUCAUGCAAGAAUUGCCUUUAUAAUGCCUAAUGCCUUCUUCUUAGAAAUGCAACGGAAUCAGGCAAAUUCAUGGUGGUAGGUGUUGGGUUUUUUACAAUACUUUAAAGAAAAAACUUGUUCAAAAAUAUAAUUUUUUAUAUGAUGGCAUUUGAGAAUUUUCUUUAUGACCCAUUUGUAUGCAUUUCCCUUUAACCACUAUUUUUUCUCCUGAAAAUCUCUUUCUUUCAAAGAAAAAUAUUUUAAAAUUGGAAGAACAGUAAAAUGUAAUGUGUGUGAUGAAAAACCCUCCCAGACUGUUUCAAUCCAGUAUUUCUUAAUUUGGGACUGGAGUAAGCAUCCUUAGUCCUAUAAAUAAUAAAUAGAAACCAUCUUUUUCUCCCCAUCCCUGCCCAAAGAAAUUCAUACUGCAAUCUACUAUAACUGUCAUUCAAACACAAGGUAUUGAUUUUUUUUAAUAAUGGCCUAUUUCAUAUUUUCCUAUGCUUUUUACAGAGAAAUAGAUAACCUGUCAAUCUUGACCUUUUAAUUGAACUGAGCAAUGCUAAUUCACUUAAUGAAAAUUUCAUAAUGUCUUGACAAUGAACAGAUCUUAUUACAACAGUAAAAUUAUCUGUGUUUUUCAAUGCAUCUAUC